CUUCCAUCACACGUCUCAAGGGGUCCAAGACAAGCUCGUCGCAGCCAUGCCGCUGAAGCUGCGCCAGGUGCCGUCCGUGUACAGCGAGGAGGAGGUGCGCCGCUAUCUGGCGCAUAUUGGCUUUCCCGGCCUCAGCGGCGACGGCAGUGCUGCUGCCUCAGGGGCCGCCGCCCUGCCGCCGCCGACGCUGCGCACGCUGGCGCUGCUGCAGCUGCACCACCUCACGACGAUGCCGUUCGAGAACACGUCGCUGCACUACGAGCACGAGCACCAGGUGCGCAUCGAGCCGCACCACUGCCUCGAGCGCUUCGUGGCGCGCAACGCCGGCGGCUACUGCAUGCAGCAGAACCUCGUCUUGCUCAACGUGCUGCGCUUCCUCGGCUUCAGAUGCUUCUCCUCGGCCGGACGCGUGCUUGAACGGCCCGCAAAUGAGGAGCCCAGCCUGACGGGCUUCGGCCACAUGGUCGUGCUAGUUCUCUUGCCGUCGCACCUGAGCACCGACAAUGGCGCGGAGGUGCUCUACCACUGCGACGUGGGCUACGGCGCCGGAUGUGCUCUGCGGCCGCUGCUGCUGCGGGAAGGCCAUGAGGAGCAAGGACGCGAGGGACAGGCGCAUCGGCUAGUGCAGACUCUGCACCCGCAGUCGGCUCUCGAAGAGUCCGAUGACGGGCCACACUGCAUCCCAGACCUUGCGGCUUCGGCGCAGCACAUGUGGGCGCUGCAGCACCGCACCGGCGACGGCGAGUGGCUCACGCAGUAUGUGUUCAUGCUGACGGAGACGCUGCCAACCGACUACGAGGCGAUGAACACGCACACGAGCCGCUCCGAGAAGGCGAUCUUCAGCCGCGUGAUCAUGCUGUGCUACUUCACACGCAGCUGGACGACGCCCGACGAGGACGCGCCAGCGCUCUAUCCUUACCCGCCAAACACUAUCGGGCUGCGUACGCUGUUCCAGCAGGGUCUCACGCUGCGGCCAGCAGCCUGCGACGGCGGCGGCGAGGAGCGCAUCCAGCUCAAGUCGGAAACGGAGCGUGUCGAGCAGAUCAAGAAGUACUUCCACCUGCUCAGCGACAUCGCGACAGAAGAUGCUGUGGCCGCAAUCAAGGGCCGCACGCCAGAGCUGCAGCCCGCGGCGGAAGCGUAGCGAAUGAAGGAUGAUGAAUUAGAGCAGCGAAAUGAGGGGAGGUGGAGCGGGCCCGCCGCAGCCGGGGCCAGCUCCAGAGUGGGGUGUCCGGGAAGUCUCAGCAUCAGGCAGAGAUGGAGGCG